AUGCUCACGCUGCGCACGUCUGUGUGGUGGUGUGUGGCGGUGCCUGGCAUGGCAGUGUGUGGUGGUGUCUGGGAAUGUGUGCUGGUGUGUGUGCUGGUUUGUGCCGGUGGGUUCAAGGGGAGGCCGUCGCGAGGGCAGGACAGCGAUAGCGACAGUGCGUUGCAGCAGCGGCUGGUCACAGGAUACGAUGACGACGGCAUGAUAUGGAACUGCCCCAUAGCCUCGCACCCUUCAGGCGAGCUGUCAAUGGCGGCGGUAGAAGGCAACGUGGCGUGCGAGGACGUGGCAAGGGUGGACGCGAACGCGCUGGGAACGUUCGUGGGGAUAUUUGACGGGCAUGGGGGCGCGCAGUCCGCUCGGUUCAGCGGGGACCACCUGCUGCCCGACCUGCAAGGCGCGUUGGUGGACGAGUGCUGUGGCAGGGCGGCAGACAGCACAUGUGCUGCCACCACCGCUAGAGCCCUCUCCUCUGCUGCUGCUGCCGCUGCUGCCGCUCAUGCACAUGCAUCCCCCACCGCUGCUGGUGGUGGUGGGGGCGAUGACCAGCUCAUCUCAGCCGUCCAUCACAGCUUCAACCAGAUCGAAGCCAAUUUCCUGGAGAUCGUGCGGUGCAAGUGGCGCCAGGUGCCGCAAUACGCAGCAGUAGGCACAUGCGCGCUAGUAGCAUUCGCCCCCCCACAGGGAUCGGUUCUAGUGGUGGCGUCGCUAGGGGAUUCGCGAGCGGUGGUGGGUGUGAGGAGGGGGGUGAUGGGGGCAGUACGGCCGCUGGUGGUUUCCACGGAACACAAUGCGAAUUCGGCGGAGGAGAGAGCAGCGGUGCAGCGGUUGCAUCCUGAAGAUAAGGGAAUUGUGGUGCAGAGGAGUGGAGUGUGGCGCGUGAAAGGGAUUAUCCAGGUGACUCGCUCCCUGGGAGACUUUUAUCUGAAGCACAACGAGUUUCAGCGCGACCCUCUCUACGCGCGCUUCCGCCUCGACCGCCCGCUGCGCCGCCCAGCUCUGCUGGCAGAGCCGGCAGUGGAGGUGCUGCAGCUGGCGCCGGCCCACCGCUUCCUCGUGAUGGCCACAGACGGACUGUGGGAGCACGUCAGUGACUCUGAGGCUGUCAAGCUCGUUCACUCCAAGCCCCGAUCGGGAGUAGCACGGCAGCUGGUGCGGCUGGCAAUCACGAGGGCAGCGCGCAAGCUCGGCCUCUCUCUCCCAGAGCUCAAAAUGCUCGACCCCAAGCAGCGCCGCAUGGUGCAUGAUGACAUCACCGUUGUCGUCCUCUUCCUCGAUGCUCACCGGCGGGCGGAUGGGGGAAAGCCGGCGGGAGAGAGAGCCGGUGCUGCUGGUGGCGCUGCUGCUGCUGGUGGCGCUGCUGCUGCUGGUGGUGCUGGCGGUGGUGGUUCGAGUGAUGGGAGUGGGGGGUUCUUGGGAGUGGCAGGGGGGAUGACUCUUCGCAGCUAUGAAGAUGUUGACGUGCCCACGUUCUCUCAACCAGGCCUUGAGAAGGAUUAA